GCGGACGCGUUGCCGCCGCCGCUCCUCCUCCUCCUGCAGCUCCUCUCGCGGCCGCCGCCGCCACCUCCGCCGCUGCCGAAGUUUCACUCCCGACCCUCGGCGGGAGCCCCGGCGCGGAGCAGAGCUGUCGCCUCGCCUGGAGCUGCAGCGCACGGCCGGCAGCUCGGCGUGGGGAUAGCCAGCUCUCGUUGGCGCCCAGGCAGCGUGCCACAGUCCGGGCUGGGGUCUCUGAGACCCAGCUGGGGCGGCAGCCAGCCUAGGGGACCCGCGGCAUCGCCUACACCUCCCAAUUUGCUUCCGAGCCCCAGGUUGCCGCGAUGGCGGUGCGCUCCCGCCGCCCGUGGGUGAGCGUGGCGCUGGGGCUGGUCCUGGGCUUCACUGCUGCGUCCUGGCUCAUCGCCCCCCGGGUGGCCGAGCUGAGUGAGAAGAGGCGACGUGGUUCCAGCCUCUGCUCCUUCUACGGCCGCUUGGCCACCGGGCCCCGAACGGGCGCGCAGCAGCCGCUCUCCCAACCCCAGUCCCGGCCGCGGCUAGAGCAGUCGCCGCCCCCUGCCAGCCAGGAGCUCCCGGGGCCACAGCGGCCGGAGGCGGCGCCGGGAGGUCCCAGUUUUCGGAGCAGCCCCUGGCAGCAGCCAGAUCCGCUGCCGCAGAGGAGGCGAGGACACAAGCCCGAAGGUGCGACGGCGCUUCCCGGCGCUCCAGCUGCCAAAGGGGAACCCGAGGAGGAGGACGGGGGCGCGGCUGGCCCUCGGAAGGGUGGCCGGCCCGGGAGCAGCCACAACGGCAGCGGGGACGGGGGCGCCGCUGCCCCGAGCUCCGGACCCGGAGACUUCCUCUACGUGGGUGUGAUGACCGCGCAGAAGUACCUGGGCAGCCGCGCGCUGGCCGCGCAGAGGACCUGGGCGCGCUUCAUCCCUGGCCGCGUGGAGUUCUUUUCCAGUCAGCAGUCUCCCAGUGCUGCGCUCGGCCAGCCCCCUCCACCUUUGCCUGUCAUCGCUCUGCCGGGGGUCGACGAUUCCUACCCUCCCCAGAAAAAGUCCUUCAUGAUGAUCAAGUACAUGCACGACCACUACCUGGACAAGUAUGAGUGGUUCAUGCGCGCCGACGACGAUGUCUACAUCAAAGGUGAUAAAUUAGAAGAAUUCCUUAGGUCCCUAAAUAGCAGCAAGCCUCUCUACCUGGGACAGACUGGCCUGGGGAAUACGGAGGAACUUGGAAAGCUGGGGCUGGAACCCGGGGAGAACUUCUGCAUGGGAGGACCGGGCAUGAUCUUCAGCCGCGAAGUCCUCAGGAGGAUGGUUCCUCACAUUGGCGAAUGCCUCCGAGAAAUGUACACCACUCACGAGGAUGUGGAAGUGGGUCGCUGUGUUCGCCGCUUCGGUGGGACUCAGUGUGUCUGGUCUUAUGAGAUGCAGCAGCUGUUCCAUGAAAACUAUGAGCACAACCGCAAGGGUUACAUCCAAGACCUUCACAACAGCAAAAUCCACGCGGCCAUCACACUUCAUCCGAACAAAAGGCCUGCGUACCAGUACAGACUGCAUAAUUACAUGCUCAGCCGGAAGAUCUCUGAGCUCCGCUACCGAACCAUCCAGCUCCACCGGGAAAGCGCCCUCAUGAGUAAGCUUAGCAACAGCGAAGUGAGCAAGGAGGACCAGCAGCUGGGGGUGAUGCCCUCUUUCAAUCACUUCCAGCCACGGGAGAGAAAUGAGGUCAUCGAGUGGGAGUUCUUGACGGGGAAGCUGCUUUACACAGCUGCGGAGAACCAGCCCCCUCGACAGAGCAUCAACAGCAUCCUAAAGACAGCCCUGGAUGACACCGUCCUGCAGGUAAUGGAGAUGAUCAAUGAGAAUGCCAAGAGUCGGGGCCGACUCAUAGACUUCAAGGAAAUUCAGUAUGGCUACCGCAGGGUCGACCCCAUGCAUGGGGUGGAGUACAUUUUGGAUCUGCUACUCCUGUACAAAAGGCACAAAGGGAGGAAACUGACGGUACCCGUGAGGCGCCACGCCUAUCUUCAGCAAUUAUUUAGCAAGCCUUUCUUCAGAGAAAUGGAGGAACUCGAUGUCAACAGCUUGGUGGAGAGUAUAAACAGUGGCACUCAGUCGUUAGCGUUCAUAUCCAACUCUCUAAAGAUACUCUCUUCUCUUCAAGAGGCCAAAGAAAUGGGAGGGCACAACGAAAAGAAAGUACACAUUCUUGUUCCCCUUAUUGGCAGGUACGAUAUUUUCUUGAGGUUCAUGGAAAAUUUUGAAAGUACAUGUCUUAUCCCAAAGCAAAAUGUAAAGCUGGUCAUCAUCCUUUUCAGUGGGGACUCUGGCCAAGACUCCAACAAGCACAUUGCGCUGAUACAAGACUAUCAGAAUAGGUACCCUAAGGCAGAAAUGAUGCUGAUUCCCAUGAAGGGAGAGUUUUCCAGAGGUCGUGGUCUUGAAAUGGCUUCUUCUCAGUUUGACAACGACACGUUGCUGCUAUUUUGUGAUGUUGACUUGAUCUUUAGAGGAGACUUUCUCCAACGAUGUAGAGACAAUACAAUUCAGGGACAACAGGUAUACUUCCCCAUCAUCUUUAGCCAGUAUGACCCAAAGGUGACCCACAUGGGAAAUCCUCCCACAGAGGAUGACUUCGUAUUCUCAAAGGAAACUGGAUUUUGGAGAGACUAUGGCUAUGGAAUCACCUGUAUUUACAAAAGUGAUCUACUGGGUGCAGGUGGAUUUGAUACCUCAAUACAAGGCUGGGGACUGGAAGAUGUAGAUCUCUACAAUAAAGUUAUCCUAUCUGGCUUACAACCCUUCAGAAGUCAAGAAAUAGGAGUGGUGCACAUUUUCCAUCCAGUUCAUUGUGAUCCUAACUUGGACCCUAAGCAGUAUAAGAUGUGCUUAGGAUCCAAAGCAAGUACUUUUGCCUCAACCAUGCAACUGGCUGAACUCUGGUUAGAAAAACAUUUGGGGAUCAGGGACAAUCGAACUCUCUCCUGACAGUCCAGGCAACACUUAUUGCCUUUUGAAAGGGGAGUUUACCUCAGUGUUGGCUGUUAUUAUUUUUAUUUUAUUAUUGUUAUUUUAUUGUUAUUGUUAUUGUUGUUGUUGAUAUAAUUUUAUUUUGUCGCUCUGGUCUUAAAGUACUCUUGGUUGUCUUCCAAAGGGUGUUUGUUGACCUCAAGCAAGAAGAGUCUGAAGUUCACUGAUAUUUCACAGUCAGCGUUCCACUGAAGUCAAUACACGUAUUACUUUUCUAUAACUUUCUUUGAGAUUGAGUUAAAUCAUGGCAAUCAAAUGACCUUGGAAGCUCAUUCAUCACAAGAGACAGCUUAGAAGAAUGUUCUCUUAGGGCUUAAAGAUGCAAUAUUGACUUUUUCUUUUGUUUGUCAACUUCAAUGUGAUACAAAUAUUUACUGGUGAAAGGUACCACAAAAGUGCUUUAUGCUUCCUAUGGGGAAGGGACUCUGUGACAUACACUUGAGUUUUGUAAUUUAUACAAGGACUUAAAUAUAUAGACAAUAAUUUUCUUCAUCGUUAGAAUUUUUAAAGUAAAUGAACACCUAUGAUUGUAUGUUUAUUUUUUAAGAAAAAGUUUUAAAAAUUGAGGAGUACUGUUCCACGAGCAACCGGUACUGGCUACCCUGGUCUUACAAUUACGAACUCCUCACAAGUGUCUGCUACAAAUGCGAAGGAACUUUAUUUUCUCAAGGAAAUAUGAUUUAAUGAAAUAUUCAUGUACAUUUUAGAAGCUUUAUGAAACAAUGUCCUUCAUUUGCUGGCAAGAAGAUAAAACAUGACAGAACCUGUUUAUUUAUAAUAAAACACAGGUAUAACCGUAUUCUUUUUCAAAAACAUUGACAAA